AUGGAACAGCAAAGAACACAAGAACUCAAUCAACUUCAAAAUCAAUACGAAAUAUUAGAAUAUCAAAUAGCUGAUUUUACUCAAAUAUGUGAUGAUUUAAAUAUGCAAAAAGAAGCAGCACAACAAGAAUUACAAACAGCUCAAAGCGAAUACAAAGAAGCAGAACAACUAUUGAAGCAAUCCAAACAACACGAACGUGAAGCAAAUAGGGAAUAUGAAAAAGCAUUACUAGAAGAAAGAAAUGUUCAAUCACAAUUGGAGAGAGCAUUGCACGAAGAAAAGAUGGCCGAACAAGAAGUACGUGCUGCUGAAGCUCGACUCAAAAAAGAAAAACUCUUAAAUAUGGGCUGUACUUUACUUGCUUUAGUUCCAGUUCUUUCUUUUUUGUGUACAGCCAAACAAGGCGACUAUAAUGCAGCUCAAAAUGCUUUACAUCAAGCUCAAUCGAAACUUGAAAGUAAGAAAUCAGCAUGUAACGAUAUUCGUAGCAAACUAGAUAAUGCUAAAACGAAACAAAGUCAAUGUUAUUCAAACUUCAAUCAAAUGCAAAGUGAACGGCAAGAAAACGAACGAAAUCUGGGUGAGCGAAAGUCGACAUUUAAAAAUCAAAAAAAUAUAUUUGAGAGGCUCAAAACUGAACAUCGUGAAGCCGUACGAAAGCGCACUCAAACCGAAUCCACUUAUAAAAGUGUAGCCAAUAAAUUACAACGUACACAAAUGCAAUUGAAUACAAUUAACACUGAUCUUCAACGAUAUCGGCAGGAUGUUGCUAAUUGUGAAAAUCAAAAACAUGAUCUAAAUUCAAAUAUUACAAAUUUAACACAUAAAAUUGAACGACACGAACGCUCUAUGACAGAGCAUCGAACAACAAUGGAUGAAAAUCAAAAAGCUUUAAAUACAAUGAUUAAUCAACAGCAAAAUCAAAUGAAAAUUGUUGAAAAUUUCAAAUAUAAAAUGGAUAAUUCAAAACGAACAUUAGGCGAAAAAAUUAAUCUUGAAAAAGCUCGAAUUCGAGAAAUGAAUCAUCAAAAAACUUUACUUGAAUCGAAUAAAAAAACAGUCGAAGAUUUAUGUCAUGAUAUAGCCGAUAAAAAGCAACAACUAAUUAAAACUAAAGAACAACUUGACAAUACCAACAAUGAAAUAAAACAAACUGUUGCACGAGCAAAUGAAUUAAAAACAGAAAAACAAACAUUGGAACAAAAUUGUCAAGAAAAACAAAAAACACUUAAAAACGUUGAACGUUCUCAUAAUGAAACACGUAUACAAAUACACAAGCAAAAGGAACAAAUAGAAAGUAUUCGCGGAACACUUUCUACAUUGGACAAUCAAGAAAAACGAUUAUUUCAAGAAAUUAAAAUAUAUGAAGAUCGAUUAGAAAGCAAAACUUUGGAACUUGCAAAAACUCAACAGAAUAUCGAAGAGUUAAACGAAAAUCAACUACAAAAUGAACGACAAUCGACGAAUGCACGAAAUGCUGUAUCUAGAGCAACUGAAGAAUUAAAUUCGAUUACAGAGAAUAUCAAAGAAACUAAUACAUUGAUCGCUCAACAAGAACAUAAGUUUCAACAAUUGAGUGACCAAUUGAAAAAUUCUGCAGGCAAAUUUACGAUUAAUCAAAAUCAAACGUUAAAAGUUUAUGAAAAAAUUGAAAAACUUCAAGCAACCAUUACGAAACUAAAAGAACAUCAUUGUGAAACACAACAAAAACUUGAAGAAGAACAAUAUAAAGUCAUCGAUCGAGAAACGAUUCGUCGAGGAUUGAAACAAGAAACAAAAACAGAAGUUCAACAAACAAAUAAACAAAAACUACACCAUUGA